AUGCGAAAAGUAAAUCGUUUGCCUGAAACGCUUUGCCGAGUUUUCGAAGAAUUAACAACAGCGAUGUGAAAUGAUUCGUUAAUGUAAAAAUAUUCAUUUUCACAGGCGGUGUCAGUGUUGGUGAGCGCGUACACACUUGUUGCGAUUAGUAUAGAUCGCUACAUAGCCAUUAUGUGGCCACUGAAGCCAAGAUUGAGCAAACGGCAAGCUCAGCUUCUGAUUUUAGCCGUGUGGAUGCUUGCUAUGGUAAUAUCGCUGCCUAUCGCUGUCGUUUCGAAGCUGUUUCAACCAGUGGAGAAAUAUAAAAAAUGCAAUCAAUACAUUUGCAUGGAAAUUUGGCCAUCGAUGGAGAACAAGUAUUAUUACUCAAUAGCGUUAUUGGUGCUGCAGUAUGUGAUACCAAUAACAGUUCUGAUGUUCACGUACACCAGCAUCGCGGUUAUGGUGUGGGGCAAGAGGCCACCAGGAGAAGCUGAGAACGUCAGAGACCAAAGAAUGGCACGAUCAAAGAGAAAGCUACUAAUAGAUAAUAACGAGACUUUCGAAAAUUGGACCGGUCUUCCGUUCGUAUGGAUGAUUCUCCAUUGGCUGGCCAUGUCGCAUUCCUGUUACAACCCAGUAAUUUAUUGCUGGAUGAACGCAAGAUUUCGCACUGGUUUCAUAAUUGCGAUCGUACGUUUGCCUGGAGUACAUCGAAUUCUUCAUAGAGAGAGACAACGCGAUAACCAUAAUGCUAGCACAAUGGGCAUUCCCUUAGCAGGUGUCAACGAUUCAAGCCAUUCCGUUCUACGACGUAUGAACACGUGCACAACCUACAUUAGUGUUCGUCGCAAAACAAAUGGAAACCACACUGCACCCGCAAGAAGUGCCAGCAUCCGGAAUGACUUCCGGCCAGUGGCUCAACCAUUGCAACGACAAUUCACUUAUCUCGAGUCUCAUUCAGAAGAACAGCUGUAA